AUGUCUUUCAAGUACUCUAUUAAUAAAUCACUUGUCCGCCGACGCACGGACCACUCCGGCGUGGAGCAAUUCCAAUCGCCUGCACCACAGCACUAUCAAUCAGUCAAUCAACAGAACAUACAGAACAAAUCCCAACCAAAAAUGCUAUCUCAUCAUCGCAUGCUCUCAAAAGAAGACGAAGCCUCUGCAGGCGACGACACCGAGGUGCGCCGCGAGGACCAGGACAAGAUCAACCGGUUCAGCAGAUUGCAUCAGCGGGAGUCGAUGCUGGAGGAGCAGUUGAAGGCGAAGAGGAAAGACAAAGAAGACCUCGAAGAAGUAUCCACCGAACUAGAACUCGCCGAUGAAGACGAAUUAGUACCGUACAAAAUCGGCGACUCCUUCAUCCAUCUCCCUCUCUCGGAAGCCCAGGCCCUCCUUGCCUCUUCGACGGAGGAGCUUGAUGGCGAGGUGUCUCGUCUGGAAGAAUCCCUGGCGGAUCUGCGAGAGGAGAUGCAGCAGCUUAAAGUUGCGCUUCUCUUCGACUUUUUCGAACUUUGUUUUUUUGUCUUGUUUGAUUUAGGCUUAUGGCUAGGUGAUGACUACCUACCUGGAUCUACACAAUUGCAUUUGCAUGAUUGCAUUACAUUCCAAGGCUAUCAUGUCCAGCUCUCUAGAGAUGAGAAGUGGGUUCACCUCCCUGCUUCAACCCCCAGCGACAUCGAAUCGAAUCAAAUUCAUCAUAUCGUGCCUGUCAUGUCAUAG